GACUUCGGCCGUUCCAAGAUCCAGCUCGCCGAAUUCGAAAUGCCCGGUCUCAUGGCCUGCCGUGCUAAGUUCGGCCAUAUCCAGCCUUUCAAAGGCGCCAGAAUCACCAUUUCCCUCCACAUAGUCACUCAAACCGCCGUCUUCGUCGAAACUCUGACUGCUCUCGGAGCUGAAGUUCGCUGGUGCUCCGGCAAAAGCUUCUCCACUGACGACCACGUAGCCGCUGCCAUCGCACGUGACAGCGUCUCCGUCUUCGCCUGGAAGGGGGAGACUCUUGAGGAGUACUGGUGGUGUAUCGAACGUGCCCUUGACUGGGGUCCUGGCGGUGGUCCCGAUCUGAUUGUUGACGACGGUGCUGACGCUACCCUCUUCAUCGUUGAGGGUUUCAAAGCCGAAGAGAUUUAUGCCAAGACUCGUCAGUUGCCAGAUCCGUCUUCCACUGAUGAUGCUGAGUUGCAGAUUGUUUUCAGUAUGCUCAGCGAUGGUUUGAAGACGGAUCCCACGAGGUAUCACAAGAUCAAGGACAGACUAGUUGGUGUCUCCGUAAAGACCACCACUGGUGAUGAUAGGCUUAACCAGAUGCAAGCUAAUGGAACUCUCUUUUUCCCUGCCAUCAGUGUCAACCAAUCUGUUACCAAGAGCAAGUUCAUCAACUUGCUCGGUCGCCCCUAUGCUCUUCUUGAGGUGAUAAUGAAAGCCACAAAUACGAUGAUUUCUGGGAAAAGAGCUGUUGUGUGUGGAUAUGAUGAUGCGAGCGAGGAAUACGCUAUUGCAUUAAAACAAGCUGGAGCUAACGUGGUUGUGUCUGAGCUUGAUCCCAACCAUGCCACUCAAGCUCUCCUAGGAGGUUUCGAAGUUAAUAAUACCCCUGAAGAUGCUGAUUCUGAGGCAGACAUAUAUGUGACCCCUGGUUUCAACAAUGGCAAUAAUAAUUCCGUUGUGGUUAACCACAUUAAGAAGAUGAAGAACAAUACCAUUAUUUACAACAUGGAUCCAAUAUUGGACCCUAACAGAAACAUCUAUGCUGGGGUGGAGCAAUGCUUCUGUGGCAUGAAGCGAACCAUCAUCAAUCUUGAAACUGACAAAUGGGUCAAUCCCGAGACUAACUCAAGCAUCAUCGUACUGAGCAACACGGGAUACCCUGAUUUGAUGCCGUCUUGGUCUUGUACAAGCCAUGUGGUUGCUGUGCUUGAGUUGUGGAGCAAGAGAGGAGCUGGCGAGCACGAGAAUAAGGUUUAUGAUUUGCCUAACCUUCUUGAACGGAAGGUUUCCGCUUUUCACCUUGCCAGGCUUCUGGACGCGAGCAUGGAGCCGACCAACAAUGUCUGCGCCGAGGCAAAGAUAGGUGAUGACAUCAAGAGGAUAUUAAAACGCAUGGGUGUUAAAGCUUGUUGGCUCUUUGGAAUGUGCGCUAUGGGCUUCAUGAAAGGUGCCACACUUAAGAUGUCAUUUGCCAAAGUGUCCAUUGAUCUCCCAGCGAUUUGGGGUUUAUUAAAGGGCGAGAGAUGUUAG